AUUAGCAACAAACGAAUGGACUUCAUUUCUUUGUACAUAUGCAUAUGUGAUCUCGAUAUGGCUGGCAACUAACCUUCGUUAUUUGUAACGUACCAAGUCUCAGAAUGGUAGGUGGUCAGUUACAAACAUACAAGAGUAGGGAGAUAUACAAAUAACUUGUAUGCGAGGAGGAAAAACUAAGCAAGAAAAUGGGAACUGAAAUUAUUCCCACUCAUAUAUUUCUUGUGUGUUUUCCAGGACAGGGACACAUAAACCCUAUGCUCAGAUUAGGCAAACGCCUAGCUGCAAAGGGGUUUUUGGUCAGUUUCUCCACCACUGAAAACUUUGGCAAAGAGAUGAGAGCAGCCAACAGUGGCAUCAGCGACGAACCCACACCCGUCGGCGAUGGUUUUAUUAGGUUUGAGUUUUUUGACGACGGUCUUGCAGAACAGGACCAUAAACGCACGGACUUCAACUACUAUGUGCCACUGCUUGAACUUGUGGGCAAGGAUUUGGUAACCCAGAUGAUCAAACGGCAUGCCAAUGAAGGUCGUCCAGUUUCAUGCCUUGUGAACAACCCAUUCAUUCCAUGGGUUUGUGACAUUGGCACUGAGCUUGGAAUCCCUUGUGCCACGCUUUGGGUUCAGUCGUGUGCUGUGUUCUCGGCUUAUUACCAUUAUCACAGCAAGACAGUGCCAUUUCCGACAGAAACCGAGCCAAACUUGGAUGUUCAGCUGCCAAGUAUGCCACUUUUGAAGCACGAUGAGAUACCUAGCUUCUUGCACCCUUCCGACCGAUUUCAGGUUUUUGGGAGGGCUGUUUUAGGCCAGUUCAAGAAGUUAUCAAAAUCAAUGUAUGUGUUGAUAGACACGUUCCAAGAGCUCGAGCCAGAGGUCAUCGAGCACAUGUCCCAGUUCUGCAUAGUGAAGCCCGUUGGCCCCUUAUUCAAGAACCCAAAACCUCCCAAAACAACCAUAAGUGGAGACCUAAUGAAAGCUGAUGAUUGUCUUGAGUGGCUCGAUUCCAAGCCUCCAACAUCUGUUGUAUACAUCUCUUUUGGUAGUCUUGUGUACUUACAGCAAGAACAAGUUGAUGAGAUUGCUCAUGGAUUAUUGAGCUCUGGAGUCUCAUUUUUAUGGGUUAUGAAGCCACCCAGCAAAGCGUUUCGACUUGAAGAACAUGUUUUACCUGAUAAGUUCUUAGAAAAAGUUGGAGAUAAAGGAAAAGUGGUGAAAUGGAGUCCACAAGAACAGGUUUUAGCUCACCCAUCUGUCGCAUGUUUUGUAACUCACUGUGGCUGGAACUCUUCAGUUGAAGCACUCACUUCAGGCGUGCCAGUUGUGACAUUUCCUCAGUGGGGUGACCAAGUCACCAAUGCAAAGUUCUUAGUGGAUGUGUUUGGUGUAGGGCUUAGAUUGAGCCGUGGGGUGGCUGAGAAUAGAUUGAGCACGAGAGACGAGGUGGGGAAGUGUUUGUUGGAGGCAACAGUUGGACAGAGGGCAAUAGAAUUGAAGCAAAACGCAUUGAAAUGGAAGCUGGCAGCGGAGGCGGCGGUGGCUGAGGGCUGCUCCUCCGAUCAGAAUCUUCAAGAUUUUCUGGAUGAGAUUAGUAAGACCUGUGCUGCUUAAGAGUAAUUUUCAUUUUCCAAACCGCUUGUGUGAAUUUUGUCUCUCUUAGUACUAUAGUUCGGUAUUGUUGUAGCUUUUUCAAUAAAUUAAUUGUGUAUGCUAUGCUUUGAGAAUAAUUCAUUGAAAACUAGAUUUAGUA